GGAAGCCGACAAGCAGUGUCACAUCAGAAGUUGCAACAUGAAGGAAAACAUUUUUUUUCAUCUAUACUGGACAGACCUUAAAUUGAGGGUGAAGAACAGGGCCGUCUUAUACAAACAAGAUGCAACCAGUACUGGGGGUGGCCCAGCACAGGUCACCUCUUUGUCCAGAUUGGGGAAGCUGCUGUUUCUCGGGAUGCAGAACAUAAAGUCCCUCUCUUUGGUAACGAAGUAGCCCAGACACCAUUAAGUGAAGGAAAUACAGAAGGUUGCAAACUGCAGGCAGAGACCAAUAAAAUACAAGCCAAGACCAAUAAAAUGCAAGCCGACACUAGCAGCAUACAAGUGCGAUAUGUAAAGAAACACCUGUACAUAAUACCCGUGCCGCUCAGGUUCAGGACGUCUUGCCAUUAUGCCAUUGGUCGCUCGGGGUCACACGUACACGCUCCCUAGGCCAAACAAUUCACGAUGAAUUCUGAUGGCGCCAAAAUCGAAAUCUGCUGUUCGUAUAUGGACGCACGUUUUUUCCGCAGACAUAUUUUUAAUGAGUUAUAAGAUGCAACGGUAAAUUCAUAUUAAUACGAAAAACCUCACUGGAGGGACAUACUAUAUUUACGUAACGUGUGAUAGAGAUUUGAAAUUUGGCGACAUCAUAAUCCUAGCAUCUGUUGUAGAAAGACUGAUGUCAUCCCCAG